AUGGCCUCGGAUGGCAAGAAACCAGCGGAUGCGCCAAGCGGCAGCGGUAGCAGUAGCGACGCCAGCGGGCAACAAACUACCAAGGACAUGCAGCGGAUCCUCGACACCCUCUCCCCGCAGCAGCUCUCAGAGCUCAUCGCGCUGAACCCUGCGCUGGCGCAAGAGGUGGUGCAGGCCACCGGCUCCUCCAACCCGACACCGGAUCAGGCGGCCGAGAUGCUCAAGAAGAUGCGGCUCGAGGACGUCAUGUCAGGCCUCGCAGCCAGUGGCAAGAACGUCAAGGACAUGGCCUCGUACAAGUUCUGGGCCACCCAGCCCGUGCCGCGCUUCGACGAGAACCAGGCCGUGCCGGACGGGCCGCUCAAGAUCCAAAAGGUCGAAGACAUCUCCAAGGAGCCCGCCGGCCUCGUCAGCGGCUUCGAAUGGGUCACCAUAGACCUAACCAGCGAUGAGGAGAUCAAGGAGGUCUACGAGCUGCUCAACGGCCACUACGUCGAGGACGACGACUCGACAUUCCGCUUCAACUACUCGCCCUCAAUCCUCCGAUGGGCCAUGAUGGCUCCCGGCUGGGACAAGAGGUACCAUGUGGGCGUCCGCGCCUCGCAGUCUCGGAAGCUCGUGGCCUUCAUCUCGGCCAUCCCGGUUCACCUCCGCGUGCGCGACCAGGUCAUAACCUGCUCCGAGGUCAACUUCCUAUGCGUGCACAAGAAGCUGCGCGGCAAGCGGCUGGCGCCGGUGCUCAUCAAGGAGGUGACGCGCAUCAGCAACCUCGAGGGCGUGUGGCAGGGCCUCUACACGGCGGGCGUCGUGCUGCCGCGGCCAGUCAGCACGUGCCAGUACUACCACCGCCCGCUCAACUGGCAGAAGCUGUACGAGGUCGGCUUCAGCUACCUGCCGCACGGCAGCAAGCCGCAGUACCAGGUGCGCAAGUACGCGGUGCCCGAAUCGACGAGCACCAAGGGCUGGCGCACCAUGCGCGCCGGGGACGUCGCGGCCGUCGUCGACCUCCAGCGGCGCUACGCCAAGAAGCGCUACGACAUCGCGCCGGAGCUCUCCGAGGCUGAGGUCGCGCACUGGCUCGUGCCCAAGGUCGAGCCCAGCGGCGAGCAGGUCGUGUGGACGUACGUCGUCGAGGGCGCCGACGGAAAGGUCACCGACUUCGUCUCCUUCUACUGCGUCGAGUCGUCGGUGAUCAAGAACGCGCGGCACAACGUGCUGCGCGUCGCGUACCUCUUCUACUACGCGACCGAGACGGGCCUGGCGGAGCCCGAGGACCGCGCGGCGCUCAAGGCCCGCCUCAACGCGCUCGUCGGCGACGCCCUCAUCAUGGCCAAGAAGGAAAAGUUUGACGUCUUCAACGCGCUGACGCUCAUGGACAACGCGCUCUUCCUCGACCAGCAAAAGUUUGCCCGCGGCGACGGCCAGCUGCACUACUACCUGUUCAACUACCGCACAAAGGCCAUCAGCAGCGGCAUGGACGCCAACGGCCAGCUGGAUGAGAAGCACCUGAGCGGCGUUGGCCUUGUCCUUCCGUGA